AUGACGUUCUACUUCACCCCGAUGCAACUAACGCUGUUGGAUCAAAUGAUGCCGAAAUGCUACAUCGCAUUCUUCUACUCUUUCCACUUGGAAGACCCACAAAGAGCGGUGUCUAUUCUUGAAAAUGCUCUUCGAUCCUUGAUGAUGAAAAACCCGUUCUUGGCAGGGAAUGUGAUCAACCACAAGCCAGACAAAGCGAAUCCCGCUAUUUGUCAGGUGCACCCCCCAACACCUGAAUCGUUACACGAAUUUCCCUUCUUGAGGGUGAGAUACCAUGAGGAUGAAUCCAUGUACCUUCAUCAGGGUUGUUCUGGCUGCCCAAUCUUGAAUGAUGAUUUCUUUGCCGAAACCUAUUUGCCGGUUCCCUUGUCCGCGGCGACUGCCCUGCUGUGUCCGAUUAUUCGCUGGCAAGCCAAUAUUAUGCAGGAUGGCUUGGUUAUCACUGUUUGUUUUCAUCACUCAGUGCUAGAUGCCGCUGGGUUCUACGUCAUUCAGGCUGCGCUAGCGAAGUGUUGUCGGAUGCAAAACGGCACCGUCCCAGGGCUUUCUUUUACGUCCGACCUGCUAAUAGGAAGGCGGAGGAUUCUUGAGACUGCUAUGGCGGGAGGCGUCAGUAGGGAACCUCCACUUGGCCACUGCCACGAAACUCUCAGGGAUGCCGACUUUGAGUCUGCCAAAGGCCUGAUCAGCCGCCGUCUUACCUUGGCAUCUACUAGAAUUGAGUAUUUGAAGAAGGCCUGCAAUGCAUUGGUGCGAAGCCACAUAAAGGACGAUCUGUUAUUGUCAACAAAUGACGUUAUUUCAGCUUUGUUAUGGCUCUCCAUCAUCAGGGCACGAUAUGAAUCAAAUUUCGAAGGCCCUGAGAGGAGGGGCCAUCCGGCACAGAGCUCCUUGCUUCUCAUCGCAGACAUCCGUCGAACCCUGACACCACCACUUCCGAUAUCGUAUAUCGGCAAUGGGGUAAUCCAGAGUGAAACGUCAUCACUCAUCCGGCCUGUUCUGGGUUCUAUGUUGAAUACUUCCAGGCGACCGCAUUCCCACUUUCCCAUACUGACGAAUGACGGACUCUCUACCCUCACCGACCUCGCGGUUAAGGUUCAUACUGCCCUCACGAAUGUGACCAAUUCUUAUGUCGGGGGGCUUAUCAAGGAAAAGCACGAAAGCGUGGACAAGGGUCCGAGGUUGAAGCAAGGGGAUGUUACAUCAACAAGCUUGCGUCGUAUGGGAAUCUAUGGGCUUGACUUUGGCACAGUACUGGGGAGGGUCGUGGAAUUCGAUAGCCCUGACAACAGGAUCGACGGGACCGUCUGUAUCUUGCCCGCUCGGCCCAACUUCAGAAUGACCUCGUCCAAAAUGACCUUGUGGGAGGUGCGAGUGACACUGCAGCGUGAGGUCAUGCUCCGACUCCUCCACGACCCUCUAAUGCAUUGGUCAAUGGAACAGGAGUUGGCCAGGCUAUGA